AUGAAAAGAACAUUAUUUAUUGUAACUUUCAUCAUCACUGUUCACAAUCUCAACUGUGCAAAAAUUACAAUAGAGCAGAUGCAACAGGCAACUGAACCUGUUCGUUUAGUUUGUGUCCAAAAAUCGAAAGUAAGUCAAGAAGCUUUGCAAACCAUGAGAGAUGGAAAAUUGGGCGAGGAAAAGGAACUAAAGUGUUACAUAAGUUGUGUGCUGGAGAUGAUGAAUAUGGUGAAAAAAGGAAAAAUGAAUGUCGAUUCAGUAUUAAAGAAUAUUGACACAAUGAUGCCUGAUGAGCUGAGGGAGGACACAAAACGUGCAGUCAACGUCUGUAAAGACAAUGGUGGUGGCACCAAGGAUUACUGUGAAGCAGCUUAUAAAAUUUUAAAGUGCUUUUUCAAAGAAAAUCCAAAUUUCUUCUUUCCGUGA